AUGGGUGAUUCUGGUCAGUUUGAAGAGCAACACCGGUUCUACAGAACAAAGAUGAAGAGAGACUGCAUGAAGACUGGAGACCUCAGUCUGACUCUGAAACACCCCACAGACAGAGACAGCAAGACCUACACCUGCAGAGUCUACAGCAGGAAUGGAAAGAUCCUGAAGGAAAGAGAAGUGAAGCUCCAGGUCAAAGUCCCACAGGUGGCAGUGGAUUCAGGGGUGGAGUCUGUCUUGCUUCCCAGCAGAACCAUAGUUCACCUGCCUGAAGAUGCUAAAGUGGAGUGGAGGGACAGCAGAGACAGGAAGGUCCAUGUGUAUGAGAACGGAUCUGAUCAUCUUGAAGAACAGAACCAGUUUUAUAGAAACAGAACCAGGAUGAAUGAAGACCUGCUGAGAACUGGAGACCUCAGUCUGACUCUGAAACACCUCACAGAUGGAGACAGUAACAUCUACACCUGCAGUGUCUACAGCAGGGAGGGAGACAUCCUGAUGAUAAAACAAGUUGAUCUCCAGGUCAAAGUCCUACAGGUGGAGGUUGUUUCAGGGGUGGAGUCUGUCCUGCUGCCCUGCAAAACCAUGGUUCACCUGCCUGCAGAUGCUAAAGUGGAGUGGAGGGACAGCAGAGAUUGGAAGGUCCAUCUGUAUGAACACAGUUUCAAUCAGCCUGAAGAACAGAACCAUUGUUACAAAAACAGAACCAAAAUGAAUGAAGACCCGCUGAGAACUGGAGACCUCAGUCUGACUCUUAAACGUCCCACAGAUGGAGACAGUAACAUCUACACAUGCAGUGUCUACAGCAGGGAGGGAGGCAUCCUGAUGAUAAAACAAGUUGAUCUCCAGGUCGAAGUCCCACAACAGGUGGAGGUGGAUUCAGAUGUGGAGUCUGUCUUGCUGCCCUGCAGAACCAUAGUUCACCUGCUAGAAGAUGCUAAAGUGGAGUGGAAGGACAGCAAAGACAGGAAGGUCCAUGUGUAUGAGAAUGGUUCUGAUCAGCCUGAAGAACAGAACCUGUUAUACAGAAACAGAACCAAGAUGAAUGAAGACCUGCUGAGAACUGGAGACCUCAGUCUGACUAUUAAACGUCCCACAGAUGGAGGCAGUAACAUCUACACCUGCAGUGUCUACAGCAGAGUGGGAGACAUCCUGAUGAGGAAACAAGUUGAUCUCCAGGUCAAAGUCCCACAGGUGGCAGUGGAUUCAGGGGUGGAGUCUGUCUUGCUUCCCAGCAGAACCAUAGUUCAUCUGCUAGAAGAUGCUAAAGUGGAGUGGAAGGACAGCAAAGACAGGAAGGUCCAUGUGUAUGAGAAUGGUUCUGAUCAGCCUGAAGACCAGGACCAGUUUUACAGAAACAGAACCAAGAUGAAUGAAGACCUGCUGAGAACUGGAGACCUCAGUCUGACUCUUAAACACCUCACAGAUGGAGACAGUAACAUCUACACCUGCAGUGUCUACAGCAGGGAGAGAGACAUCCUGAUGAGGAAACAAGUUGAUCUCCAGGUCAAAGUCCCACAACAGGUGGAGGUGGAUUCAGAUGUGGAGUCUGUCUUGCUUCCCAGCAGAACCAUAGUUCACCUGCUAGAAGAUGCUAAAGUGGAGUGGAGGGACAGCAGAGACAGGAAGGUCCAUGUGUAUGAGAAUGGUUCUGAUCAGCCUGAAGAACAGGACCAGUUUUACAGAAACAGAACCAAGAUGAAUGAAGACCUGCUGAGAACUGGAGACCUCAGUCUGACUCUUAAACACCUCACAGAUGGAGACAGUAACAUCUACACCUGCAGUGUCUACAGCAGGGAGAGAGACAUCCUGAUGAUGAAACAAGUUGGUCUCCAGGUCAAAGUCCCACAGGUGGAAGUGGACUCAGAGGUGGAGUCUGUCCUGCUGCCCUGCAGAACUACAGUUCAACUGCCUGAAAAUGCUAAAGUGGAGUGGAUGGUUGGGUAUAUGAAAGUCCAUGUGUAUGAGAACGGUUCUGAUCAGCCUAUAGAACAGGACCAGUUUUACAGAAACAGAACCAAGAUGAAUGAAGACCUGCUGAGAACUGGUGACCUCAGUUUGACUCUGAAAUACCUCACAGAUGGAGACAGUAACAUCUACACCUGCAGUAUCUACAGCAGGGAGCAAGACAUCCUGAUGAUGAAACAAGUUGGUCUCCAGGUCAAAGGUUGUCAGGUGGAGGUGGAGGAGGGGGUGGAGUCUGUCCUGGUGCCAUUCACAACAACACCUCUGCUGCCAGAAGAUGCUAAAGUGGUGUGGACCGACAGUAAAUACUGGAAGGUUCAUGUGUAUGAGAAUGGUUCUGAUCAACCUGAAACACAACAUGAGUUCUACACAACCAGAACAACGAUGAAUAAAGACCUGCUGAAAACUGGAGACCUCAGUCUGACUCUGAGAUAUCCAACAGAGAGAGACAGUGGACGGUACAGAUGUGUAAUCUGGACGGAGGGAGAGCUGCUGAGAGGGAAAACAGUUCAGCUUAAAGUCAAAGCAGGGACAGUUCAGGUCCCAGACCAACCAGAGAGUAUCAGGACCAGACGUUGCUCCGUUGAUCCGACUCCUCUGAUGGCUGUUGAAUCAGUCUGAUUAAUUUGAUAAUCCAUCUUUGAUUAUUAAUCCAAUCUGACUUUGGAUCAGAGAGAAGAUCUCAGUUAAGGUUCUGAUGGAUCAAGAGAGGACACUUGAUCAAUUGCUACCUCUUGGUCCAGUCUGCAGACUCUGUAUUGAUUCCAGAGAACUUAAAGCAUUUUCAGGUUCAUGGUUUGGACUGAACCUGAGUGGAUGAUCUCUUUCAACCAUGUUUACAGCUGUGGUUGUCUGUUUUCUGUUUUAAAUAAAG